AUGGCGGAUCACACCGCGGUGGGAGCGAUGAUGACGCCUCCUCGUAGCAAACCCGGUGGCGGAGGCGACUCGGCUGACGAGUCGCUCGCCUCUCCGAUCGUGAUGGCGACUCCCUGUUCGAUCCGUGGUACGGAGGAAGUCGUUCCUGGGACGCCCGAGGAGCCACCGAUGGCGGAGGCGGUCCCCACCAAGCGGGUCACCAUGCAGAUGCGACAUCCUCCGAAGCCGCUGCACGAUCCCAACGAUCCGGGGGCGCUCGUGCUGUGCACAGCGGCCGAGGCUGAGGCCCUAUCGGGAGACGGAAGCCCGGGUGUUGCCGUGGUCGUCGAUCCUUACAUCGCGGGCAAGUUGCGUCCGCACCAGCGUGAGGGCGUCCGGUGGAUGUAUCGCGUCUUGCACGGUCUGGAACCCGACGCUGGCCCUCACACGGGGUGCCUCUUGGCGGAUGAUAUGGGACUCGGCAAGUCCUUGCAGUCAAUCGCGCUGGUGUGGACCAUGCUGAAGCAGGGACCGCGCGGGGUGCCGACCGCGAAGCGGGUGUUGCUGGUGUGCCCAGCAUCGCUGGUGGGGGCGUGGGGAGCGGAGUUCAACAAGUGGCUUGGGGGUGUCCGUGCGCAAGCCGCGCUGGCAGAAGGUGGCGGGGUGGACGCAGCGGAUGCCUACGAGAAAUGGAGGCGAGGGACGCAACCGGGCACGGAGAGCGCCUUCGACUGCUGGCCCGUCCUGGUGACGUCCUACGAGACCUUGCGCCGACUCUCGCCAAUCGCCGCAAGAGCCGAGCCCGACCUUCUGAUAUGUGACGAGGCGCACAGACUGCGCAACGCUCAGCAGGGAUCGCAGACCCUCGCGGCGUUGCGCGCAGUUGACGUGCCGCGCCGCGUCCUCCUCACCGGCACCCCAAUCCAGAACAACCUGGAUGAGUACGCGGCGGUGAUGGACUUUGCGUGCCCGGGGCUGCUGGGGCCGGUAGCGGAAUUCCAUCGCAGGUUCACAGCGCCGGUCCAACGAGGCAGCGAGCCAAAUGCGACUUCGGCCGACGUGGCGGGGGCGCAACGCGCGGCCAAUGAGCUGGCGAGGCUCACCGCGGGGCGGGUGCUGCGACGUGAGGCGUCCAUCAACGCUGCACAUCUUCCGGCGAAGACGGAGAUGGUCGUUUUCUGUAAACCCACGGAAAUGCAGCGUGCGAUGUACGAGCAAGGAGCGAAAAUCGUGCAAGGAUGGACUGAAGGAAAGGCGGGUGCCUCAACUGCAACCGCGGCAGCCCUGUGUGCGAUUGGCCUUCUCAGGCAGUUGGCAAAUUCUGUCGACCAGGUUGUGAAAAAGACGUCGGCGAAGUCAAAGAGAGGCAGUAAAGGUGGUUUUGACAACGAGUCCCCACCAAGCAAGCAGGCCCGCAUUGAGAAAGAAGACGACAACGGAGGACUAAGCGAUGGAGAUGAAAGCGAUGAGGGCGAAAUUUCGGCGGGCAGCUCCACGAAAGACGCGGAUGAUCUGCGUGCAAAGCUCUCUUCCAGCGUCCCAUCAGGGUACAGUGGGGGUGUCAAGGGUUCCGGCAAGCUGGCAACCCUGAGGACGCUUCUUCGAGAGAUGGCCUCGAACUCUUCCGGCGAUGGAGAACGCAUGGUGGUUGUCUCCGGGUUCUCGGCUGCCCUCGAUCUCGCCGCGGGCCUGUGCGCUGAGCUCGGCCUGGCCACCGACAGAUUGGACGGUCGUGUCCCACCGGAUGCCAGGUCUGGACUGGUUCGUAACUUCAACGCCGGCCGAGGGGGACGCGUGAUGCUGCUCUCGUGCGUGGCGGGUGGAGCCGGGCUGAACCUGGUCGGCGCAUGCAGGCUCGUGCUGUUCGACACGAGUUGGAACCCCGCACAUGACAACCAGGCGAUGGCACGUGUUUGGCGCGACGGCCAAACACGCCCUGUGACCAUCUAUCGCCUGCUGGCGGCGGGCACCGUGGAGGAGAAGGUAUUCCAGCGACAGCUCCUGAAACACAGGGAGGCGGCUGCAGCGGGUUAUGGCGGUGAAUCUAUCGGAGGUGACGGCGGCAAGACCGACGUCGGACGUUUCACCAGGGACGAACUGAGCGAGCUCGUGAGGUUCUCAUCGCCAGCGAAGCCAGCCACGCUCACAGCGGUUGGGUGGCAGGACUCAAGGGACGCUGUGGAGGAUCCUCUGCUUCGCGCGGCCAUCGACGACGACAAUAGCAUGAUAACAGCCGUCGUGCGCCUUGCGGACGAUGGGGGGCGAGCCAAGGCUAUCGCUGCAGCUAAGGAAGAGUUUGCAGCGGCAAAGCCAAAGGCUAUGAAAGGUGGGAAAAAACGUUUGGCCUUCCAGGACCUACUGAGUAAAUCAAAGAACAGGUAG